CUUAUAAGGAAGUGGAGCAGUUGGUGGAGUUUGGGCGGAAACGGCGCGCGGUGACAGCUGGGAACUUCAACACACUCUUACAGGAAGAGAGCGCAGAUAACACACCCAUACAUCAUCAAAGACUACACAGGACAAUAAUAACAUUUCUCAGACGGGAUGGCAGAACUGGCGGGUCUAGUACAGCGUCUAGAGGUGGCCGUGGGCCGCCUGGAGUCCAUGUCCAGCUGUAGUGGUGGUGGUGGAGGAGGAGGCCCUGCUGCUGGAUCUGGAGCUGUGGCGGUGUAUGUUGAGGCUUUUGACAACUUGAUCUCUGGCCCUGUGGCACAGUACAUGGCACUCAGUCAGAAGAUAGGGGGUGACGUCCAGAAGCAUGCGGAGAUGAUGAAGCAGGCGUUCUCCUGUCAAAGACAGCUUUUGGUCACUGCCUCCUCUUCUCAAAAACCUUCUGAUUCUGUCCUGACCUCCAUGCUGGAACCUGUCUCUAAAGUAAUCCAGGAGGUGCAGUCAUUUAGAGAGAAGAGCCGUUCCUCACCUUUCUUCAACCAUCUCUCUGCAGUCAGCGAGAGCGUCCCUGCCCUCGGCUGGGUCGCCAUGGCACCAAAGCCAGGCCCCUAUGUGAAGGAGAUGCAGGACGCUGCCAUGUUCUACACAAACCGUGUGCUCAAGGAUUACAAGGAGAAAGAUAAAACUCAUGUGGAUUGGGUGAGUGCUUACCUGUCUGUUUGGACCGAGCUGCAGGCUUACAUCAAGCAGCACCACACCACUGGACUGAGCUGGAGCAAGACCGGUCCAGUUGCCUCCGCCUCUGGCGCAGCACCCAGGGGAGGAGCUCCAGCCCCACCUCCCCCAGGCCCUCCUCCACCCCCAAUGGACGUUUCAUCAGGUGGAAACUCCGGAGGACCCGGUCACAAUGCUCUUUUUGCCUCCAUCAACAAGGGAGCUGAUAUUACCAAAGGCCUGAAGCAUGUGUCUGAUAAAGAAAAGACUCAUAAGAAUCCUGCACUCAAGGCCCAAGCAGGUCCCGUGGCAUCUGGACCCAAACCCUUCGUUGCUAACCCCUCAGUAAAGGCCAGUCCAGCCCGCACCUUGCCCCCUGUCCUGGAGCUGGAUGGCAAGAAGUGGAAAGUGGAAAACCAUGAAGGUGCCCAUGGCCUUGUGAUCAGUGACACAGAGCUGAAACAAGUGGUUUAUGCCUAUAAGUGCAACAACAGCACUUUACAAGUAAAGGGAAAGAUCAACUCCAUUACUCUAGAUAACUGUAAGAAACUGGGUCUCGUCUUUGACGAUGUCGUGGGUAUUGUUGAGGUGAUCAACUGUAAAGAUGUAAAGGUCCAGGUAAUGGGUAAGGUGCCAACCAUUUCCAUCAACAAGACUGAUGGCUGCCACGUUUACCUGAGUAAAGACUCGCUGUCGUGCGAAAUCAUCAGUGCUAAGAGCUCCGAGAUGAACGUGCUGGUGCCCAACAAAGAUGGAGAAUAUACUGAGAUCCCAGUUCCUGAACAAUUCAAAACUGUAUGGGAUGGUAGCAAGCUGGUCACCACGGCAACCGAGAUUGCCGGAUAAACCAUCAGCCUGCACGAGACCACCCCCAUUGCAGUGUCCUACCUGACUGAACAAGAGCUUAAACUACAAAGUUGAAUGGAAUGCCAACCGGGUCACACUCCUUUUAGCCAAUCGCAGCGGAAAUCUCCCAUCAGCUACUGAAACGACUGCUUGCUUACCAGAAGCACUUGCUCAGCCAGUGGCAGGACUUUAUUCUGUUCAUUCCAAUUGAUUAAACAUAGCACUUGAAAUCAAUUGCCAACAAUUAAGGUGUUUUUGUUUUUUUAACAUAUAGCUAUGCUAAAAAACAACACGAAUAGCCAAAAUAAAGAAGCAGGUUGUUUUAUCUUGUUGUUGUAUUUCCUAUCUUAUUUUUCCAUUUGAUUUUGAUUUUUACGGUCAAGGGCAUGGUCGGGGGCAGUCACAGCAGUUUCUGUUUGACAUAUGCAAUUUAGACCUGAAGCACACAGAUGACCACUUACUCAGACAUUUACUGUAACUUUAUUCAUUUUUCUAGGAGUAACUAUACUAAAGAUUUGUGUCAAAUCUUGGAGAGCUAAUUGGCGAUGAAAACGAGUUACGUGCAGGAUCACAGAUCAUUUCAAUCAUGACGUUAAAACUGUAUGUUGUAGAAAACUAGUGACUUUAGAAAUAUUCCUUCAUUUCGUUUUGUAUUCCAGAACACAUGGCUCAUUCCUUGUAGUAUGAAUAAUUAAACAUUCCAUAGUUCAUAAUGGAAGGGUGUAGAAAGCUUAUUAAUGUUUUGUGUUGGCACAAACUGGAAAGAUACAGGUAAAGCAUAAUGUUUUGAUGCUUGUGGUACUGUCAAUGUUGGAUUAUGGGUUGUCUCGUCUGAUACUGAUAUUAGACUAUCUGCUGUAAUAACUUGUACAGAUAUUGGCUUUAUACGACUUGUGUCCACCUCUUGAUCUCACCACAUGCUUUAACUAGUUUAUCUUCUGAUUUAAACCUCUUAAUCAUUUCCUUUCAUAAUUUUAAGAUCAUGAGUAUGGAAUUUGUUUUGUAUCAUUUGUCUUUUUCUCCUAUUUGGCCAAGUUAAAUUUUCAUGAGUACAGGAGAACAAACAAUAAAGUUGUUGCAAUAAAUAA